AUGGCCCCUGAGCGACAUGGUCCUAACGGUGGAAGACGCUCGUUAACUCUUUCACAAGGUCAACCCAUUAUGCUCUCGCUUGACGAAGGCUCCCUUCCCUCUGCUAAGAUUAAAGUGAUUACUACGCCAAUCUACAAAACCGAGACCAUCGCCUUGCAGCUACAGCCCUACAGGCCUCCCCAGCUUGCUGUGCAAUCUUUAGAUUUCGAAGCAACUGGCGGUAUAGUGAAGCAGCAAUUGUGUUAA